CUUCUAGGUGCAUAAAAUAUACAUCUGUCUUAUAGACAUUGGAUAUAAAGUAGUUAAACGAGUCGUAUUCAUGAUUAAAAAUUUUGUUGUUCGCGUUAUCAGAUACCUGUUAAACCUGCUAAGACACGAUUUGCCAGCCCUACUCGAACCGAACAGCCAUAUGGAUAAACCCAUAAAAAUUCUCCUCAUUUUUCAUGAAUUCUGGAGUUUCAUAAUCUACAAACUCAAUUCAUUCAUUCAUAUAUUUCUCAUUAGCAUUGAAUUCAUCCCUGAUGCAGAUACGAAUUCAUCAAAACGUGUUCGCCACAAUAAUUACCAAGCAAUGUUCGUCAAGCUUCAGCAUUUAGAUACAAAUUGCAUCCCAAUUAUCCACUCAGUCAAACCCUCAAAAACCCACGACAUUAAUGGUGGAGUUUCAGUUCAUCUCCCACGCAACCGUACCCAAACAGAAUUGGAACAAAAACUCAUCAAGAAACACCAAAUCCCGCCUCAAAAACCGCCCGAAUUCUACGAAAACGUUGUGUUUUAUAAGCCGAAACCGAACCCAGAUGGGCCAGUUAAAAGUUUGAAAGAAAAGGGUGCAGCUGGAAACUGUAGGGGCGGAAAGGGAGACGUGCACACCAAGUGUUCGACGAAAUGUGUGAGUGGGAAUGCGGUUGUGAAGAAAGUGCACACCAGGUGUUUGAUGAAAUGGGCGAGGUAUGGCGGGUGUAUACCCGCCAUAUUGGAAGCUUUGGAAAGAGUUAGCGAUUUGGACGAAGUGUUUAAAGCGUGGGAAGUGAGGAUAAGUAAGAAGGAAAUGACGAUAAUCUUGAAGGAGCAAGAGGUUUGGCAACGGGCUUUGGAGAUUUUCGAGUGGUUUAAGAGAAAAGGGUGUUACGAGGUGAAUGUAAUUCAUUACAAUGUGAUGAUUAGGGUUCUCGGAAGAGCUCGACGAUGGGUUGAACUUGAGACGUUGAUAGACGAAAUGGAGAAGAAUGGAAUCGAAUGUGUAAACUCUACGUUUGGAACUUUGAUUGAUGUUUAUAGUAAAGGUGGAAUAAGAGAGAAAGCAAUGCAUUGGUUGGAUGUAAUGAAGAAGAGAGAUAUCGAACCCGAUGAGGUGACUAUGGGGAUUGUCGUUCAAAUGUACAAAACCGCCAGACAGUUUGAAAAGGCUGAAACUUUUUUCAAAAACUGGUCAGUGCGUAAUAUUAGUAAACCAACAAAGUUCGCAGCUUCGGGUGUUGAUAAUCUUGGUUUAAGCCCGCAUACGUAUAAUACCUUGAUUGAUACUUACGGGAAAGCUGGAAGACUAAAAGAUGCAUCUGAUACGUUUGAUCAGAUGCUUAGAGUAGGUAUAGUCCCGAACACAGUGACAUUUAACACAAUGAUUCACAUGUUUGGUAAUCAUGGCCGGUUAGAGGAAGUUGCAUCGUUGAUGCAGAAAAUGGAACAACUACGAUGCGUACCCGAUACAAGAACGUAUAACAUACUUAUUUCGCUUCAUGUUAAGCAUGACAAUAUCAUUGUGGCAAAAGGGUACUUUAAAAAGAUGCAAGAAGCGUCUCUUGAGCCCGAUGUUGUGAGUUACCGUACACUUUUAUACGCUUUUUCAACAAGACGUAUGGUUAGUGAAGCAGAAGAAUUUGUAAAAGAGAUGAACGAAAGAGGUUACGAGAUAGAUGAAUUCACACAAUCUUCGAUUACCAGAAUGUACAUUGAGUCUGGUAUGCUUGAAAAGUCGUGGUUAUGGUUUUAUCGGUUUCAUAGACGAGGGAAGAUGAGUCCCGAGUGUUACGCUGCGAAUGUCGAUGCGUUUGGUGAACGUGGACAUGUUUUGGAAGCGGAGAAAGUUUUCGAAAGUUGUCGGGAACGAAGAAAUCCAACCGUUCUCGAGUUCAAUGUCAUGAUCAAAGCUUACGGGAUUAGCAAAAUGUACGAUGAGGCGUGUCGGUUAGUUGAUAGUAUGGAUGAACAUGGUGUGUAUCCAGAUGAAUGCAGCUAUAAUUCACUCGUUCAAAUGUUAGCAAGCGCUGAUAUCCCGCAGAAAGCCGCGUUCUAUUUAACGAAAAUGCAAGAAUCCGGAUUGGUGAGUGACUGCGUACCGUAUUGUGCGGUCAUCUCGAGUUUUGUGAAAUUGGGUCAACUCGAAAUGGCGGUGAGGUUGUUUGAAGAAAUGGUUCGAUUCGGUUUGAAACCCGAUGUGGUUGCGUAUGGUGUGUUGAUCAACGCGUACGCUGAUGUCGGAAACGUUGAAGGAGCUUUACGUUACGUGAACGAAAUGAAAGAAACGGGUUUGGCUAUGAACGGCGUUAUAUGUAAUUCUUUAAUCAAACUUUACAAGAAAGUUGGGUGUUUGAAAGACGCAGAGGAAGUAUACUAUAUGCUUCAACGAUUAGAUGCGGGUCCAGACGUUUAUUCUUCGAAUUGUAUGAUCGAUUUAUACACGGAACGAUCAAUGCUGAAACCAGCGGAGGAAAUUUUUGAAAAGUUGAGAAGAAACAGGAAUGUGAACGAGUUUUCUUACGCCAUGAUGUUGUGUAUGUACAAGAAAAUCGGGAGUUUUGAUGAAGCGUUUAAGAUAGCAAAACAGAUGAGAGAAUUAGGGUUACUGACGGAUUUAUUGAGUUAUAAUCAUGUUCUUGGAUUGUAUGCGUUAGAUGGUAGAUUUAAUGAGGCGGUAACAAUCUUUAACGAGAUGAUUAAAUCGGGCGUUGAACCGACUGAUUUAACAUUUAAAUCACUUGGAGUUGUUCUUAUGAAACGUGGUGUUUCAAAGAAAGCGGUUAAGAAUCUGGAAAUUAUGUGGAGAAAUGAUUAUGAAAGUGGUUUGGAAGUGUGGCUAGCGACUCUCGAUUCGGUUAAUAGUAUGGUUUAUGGUGAUGAAUGAUGGUUUAUUGUAUUAUUAGAUCAUAUUUAGAAUUUGGGUUUAUUUAGAGGUAUGUUUAUAGAUGCUUUUGAAUUUUGAAACAGAGUUAUAUAGUAACAAAAAAUUUGUUGAUUGAGGUAAAA